UCCACACAUUAAAGAUCAAACUGUUACCGAAACUUUUAGAAUAAAAGAAGGACAAGAUAUUUUUCUGAAAUGUGAAGCUUAUGGAAAUCCUACUCCUAAAAUAUUAUGGAUGAAAAACAAUGCACCAGUAUCAUUAACAAAUAGUGUUAAUAAUAGCAUUUUUGCAAUAACAAAUGCUACAAAAAGAGAUGGUGGAAGAUAUAUCUGCACUGCUACGAAUAAAGCAGGAAGCUAUGAAAAAGAUUUUAACAUCAUAAUUUUAUCUCCUCCAAAACUUGAAAACAGUUAUAAAAUGCCCAACAAAUAUUCUAAGAAAGCUCGGAAAGAAGUAUUGAAAAAUAUGCCAGUUGAACUCAUUUGUCCAUUUUCUGGAGACCCUUUGCCUCAAUAUGUAUGGAUGAAAGAUGGGGAUAUUUUAGAUCCAAAUACUAAUUCUUUUGUUGUUAUGUCUAAUGGAGGAAAACACCUGAAAAUUAAGCAUGCUAAAGCUGAAGAUGCUGGAAAAUAUAUCUGCAUUGCAAAAAAUGAAGUUGGAGAGGCCAGGCAUGACUAUGCUGUUGAUGUAUUAGUUCCUCCAUCGAUAACAUCUGAAUAUGCAUCCAGCUUAUCUCUCAGAGAAAGAGAAAGUCUCACUUUAAAUUGCAAUACAACUGGAAAUCCUUCUCCUUUUGUUAUAUGGCUAAAAGAUGGUAUUGAAGUGGAAGCUAACGAUGAUGACUUGAAAUUUUCUUUCAGCAAUAUGAAUCUUGAAAUUACAGACAUUAAGUCUUAUCACUCUGGAAAAUAUAUUUGCAUUGCUACAAAUCUUGCUGGAUCUACUGAAAAGGAAUUUAAUGUGGAUGUUCUCACUCCUCCUCGUUUAAAUUUGGAGCAAGAGGAAGCUGUGGGUCGACCAACCGCUUAUGUUAACAAACCUGUUUCACUCGAGUGCCCAAUUUCUGGUAACCCAUUUCCUCAAAUAAGUUGGAUGAAAAAUGGAAAAUAUAUAAAACUGGAAGAAGAACAGAAUAUAUAUGUGCAUGAUGAUGGACGCAAAAUAUCAAUUUUAAGAGCUAAGGAAGAUGAUACUGGUCUAUAUAAAUGUGUAGCUGAUAAUGCUGUUGGAAGCAGUGCCUAUGUUUUUGAUCUCGAAAUUUUAGUACCACCAACAAUAGACAGACGUAAACUACAAAAAGUUUACUUUGUGAAGGAAGGAGGAUCUGUUACAAUUAAAUGUCCCAUUAGUGGCCAUCCAAAGCCAAUAAUCACAUGGCUAAAAGAUUCUGAUAUAAUUCCUCUUCAUUCUUCUCCCCAUAUUCAUUUUUCUGAUGGUUUCCAGAAUUUACGGCUUAAAUAUGCUUCUUUACGAGAUGCUGGACGAUAUAUUUGCAUUGCAGGAAAUGAAAUAGGAACUGCUGAACAGGAUUUUAAAGUUGAUGUUCAAGUUCCCCCUAGACUGGAAAACUUGGUGGAGAAGGACAAAAACAAGUCAUCAGUAUUAAAUAAACCUGUUACAAUCAGUUGCCCUGUAUCUGGAAUACCACCACCUGUGGUUCAAUGGUAUAAGAAUAAUAGUAUUUUAAAUACUGCUACAGAUCCUAAUAUCCGGUUAUCUUCAGAUUCUCGUCAUUUGAAAAUAAUUCGUACUCGUAUAUCUGAUGCUGGUAUUUACAAAUGUAAAGCAGCCAAUGAUGUAGGAAAAAUCGAAGAGGAAUUUUCUCUAGAUGUACAAAUACCACCAAAAAUAAUGGAAACAAAUAAUGUUAUUGAUUAUUAUUCUGAGGAUGAAGAUGAAGGAAAAGGGGAUCUGAAAGCAUCUGAAAAUAGCACAGUUGAAUUAGAUUGUUAUGUUGAUGGAAAUCCUAAACCGGCCAUAAUCUGGAUAAAAGAUGGAUAUCUCGUAAAUGAUACUAGUCAUUACAAAGUUUCGUCAAAUGGACAGCUUUUGCAAGUGAAUCAUAUCACCACAUCAGAUGCUGGACAUUAUACUUGUAUUGCCUCAAAUAUUGCAGGAACAAAAGAGAAAAAUUUUAUACUUGAUGUGCUUGUUCCACCUAAAAUUAAAGGACCAAAUUAUGAGUCUCGCUCACUCCUGCCAAAUCGUCCAGCUGUGAUUGAAUGUGCUGUCGAUGCUAACCCUCCACCUUCAGUUACAUGGUUAAAAAAUGGCAAUAUCAUAAAUGUUUCACAGUAUGAUUUAGUUAAAAUUAUGGAAGAUGGGAAGAUGCUGCAGUUUUUGAAGACUAAUUCUAAUCACGAUGGCAUUUAUACUUGCAUUGCAGAAAACAGUAUUGGCAAAGCUGAAAAGAACUUCAAGGUAGAUGUCUUUGUUUCUCCUGUUAUUCAAGAUGCUCAUUUUGAAUCUGAAAUAAUGGAAAAUGAGAAAGUGUCAAUGGACUGUGUAAGCUAUGGAAAUCCAAAGCCAAAUAUUAUAUGGCUAAGAGAUGGACAGAUAAUAGCUGAAGAUCUGUUGAGAAAUUUGAGUAUUGAUAAGCUAGAGAACGGUUUCCACCUGAAGAUAGCUGAAGUUAAAAUGUAUCAUACUGGAAAUUACAAGUGCAUUGCAACAAAUAUUGUUGGAUCUGCAGAAAAAUCAUUUGAUAUCUAUGUUAAAGUCUUUCCAAGGAUCACCAAUACGUCAGAACCAAAUAUGACUGUGUUUAUUCAUCAACCAGUGACUAUGUAUUGCAUAGCUGAAGCUGAACCAGAAGCUUCUGUAGCAUGGAUUAAAGAUGGUCACAUAAUUAGAGAAGACAUAGAUCCUUUUAUCAACAUUUUGGAUGAUGGCCAGAAACUUCAAAUUCUGCGGGCUCGUGAAUCUGACGAUGGGCAGUAUUCGUGUGAAAUUUCAAAUGCAGAAGGAAAUGAUAGUCGUUCCUUUGUACUUAAUGUCCUAGUGCCUCCCAGAGUUAAAAAUAUCAUUCAGGAAGAUUCCAGAACUCAUGUCGUAGAAGGAAAUAGUACUGAUAUACAGUGUUAUGUACAUGGAAAUCCUCUGCCUAUUGUUUCAUGGAUGAAAGAUGGAAAGGUAUUAAUUUCUGGUAAAGCUGAAAGAUUGCAGUUUCUAGAAAACAAUCAACUGUUACAUAUAGCAAAUGUGCAAACUGAAGAUGGAGGACGUUAUACAUGCAUAGCAUCUAGCCCAUUAGGAACUGAAGAGAGACAUUUUGACUUGUUUGUCCAAGUUCCUCCUAAAAUUUAUGAUGAUUUGAAUACUGACUAUAUUGCCCAUUUAAACAAGCCACUGAUAAUUCAUUGUGAGGCAGAGGGUAAUCCAAAACCGGUUAUAACAUGGAUGAAGAAUGGUGUUUUCCUGGAGCCAUUUGCAGAUCCAAAUCUUCAUUUCCUUAAAGAAGACUCUGCCCUUUUAAUUCGCUUAGCAAGAAUAGAAGACUCAGGAAAAUACACUUGUGUUGCAUCGAGUUCAGCUGGGCAAGAUGAAAGGAAUUUUGACAUUCGUGUGUAUACUCCAGUAUCUAUUGAUAAGGAAAAUCUAAAGCAUGAUUUGCUGACUGUGGUUAACCAAACAAUUAUAUUACAAUGCCCUGCAUUUGGAAUACCAUCUCCUGCUAUAUCAUGGUUAAAGGAUGGUGAAGUUCUACAUUCAAGUGUAGAUUCAAAGCACCAAAUUUUAGAAGGUGGAAAAGUUCUCAAAGUAAAUUUUGCAAAACAAAGUGAUGAAGGAAAAUAUUCUUGCAUUGCAUUUAAUGACGCUGGCACCGAUACUGCAGAGUUUAUUGUUGAUGUAAUGAUUCCACCACAGAUGAGCCCAUUGAUGAGCCAACAAGAACUGAAAGCUCAUGAAGGAGAAAGUAUAAUUUUAACAUGCCCCCUUAUUGAUUCCAAUUAUACACAUACAAUCACAUGGGAAAAGAAUGGAAGAAAAUUUAACACUGGUAGUACUCAUCCACAUAUAGAAUUUUCUCCUGAUAACAAAAAAAUUAGAAUUAUGAAAUCUCAAGCACAAGAUACUGGUAUUUACACUUGUGUAGUUAGUAAUUCUGCUGGUACCACGGAAUAUGAAAUGAAUGUUUUAGUCCUUGUUCCAGCUAGAAUUGACUAUCCAGCAGAUAAAAGGACAUCUACUUAUGUUAAAGAACAUCAUUCAAUUACUUUAGAAUGUGUGGCUCUAGGUCAUCCACAGCCUACUCUGGCGUGGUUCAAAAACGGUUUGCCCCUUCUGGAACAUUAUAAUGCAACUUUUCUAAGCAGUGGGAAGCUGAAGAUUUUUGAUGCCUCAACAUAUGAUACAAGUGUUUAUUCCUGUCUUGCACAAAAUGAAGCUGGGAUGGAUGAAAGAUCAUAUAAUUUAACUGUAUAUAUUCCUCCACUUAUUAAUGUGUCUUCUCAUGGCCUUCAUAAAGUGACUUUGCAGAAUACAGAGAUCACUCUUGGUUGCCCAGCAACAGGUAUUCCACCCCCUCGAGUAAUAUGGUAUAAGGGAUCUCAGAUGCUGCUACCAGGUCCUAGAAUUUCCUUUUCAAAAGAUGGAGAACACUUGAAACUAUCUCAUGUGACAACAGCAGAUGCUGGAAAAUAUGUAUGCUUAGCAGUUAAUGAAGCUGGAGACACAGAAGCAGAACAUUUUGUUAAAGUGCAUGUUCCUCCAGUUAUUGAAGAGGCAUCUAUUUAUGGAUUACCCGAUCCUGUCGUUAAUCAGUCUGUAAGGAUAUAUUGUGAUGUUCAAGGCCUUCCUUUUCCUAAAAUAUCUUGGUACAAGAAUGGUGCAUUAAUUGAUCAAAAUCACAAAAGAUUUAGUUCAUCUGGAGGUGGACGAUAUUUAGAUAUUUUGAACAUUCAAAUUUCUGACUCGGGCACUUAUACAUGUCAAGCUGAAAAUAUUGCUGGGCAAGCCAAAAAAGAUAUCAAACUUUUUGUAUCAGUGCCCCCCGAUAUUGAUGAGAAAGGUAAAUCGAAAGAAUAUCAGGUUAUUCUUGGAAAACCUUUGCGUAUUGAUUGUGAAGCAUCUGGUACUCCUCCUCCAUCCAUUACUUGGCUAAAGAAUGGAUUGCCAUUAAGUGAAAAGGAUCAUGUUCAAUUCGUGAACAAUAAUUAUGCACUGCUUUUUACAUACACUUUACCUGAUGAAGCUGGUGUCUACACCUGUAUCGCUACCAAUAAUGCAGGAUCUGUUGAACAAAAAUUCAAUUUGACUGUGCUAGUGCCUCCUGUCUUAAAUAAUUUCAAAAAUGGAGAUAAUCUGUCUAUAGUUGCUGGCUCUUCAAACAAGCUGCAUUGCUCAGCUCAGGGGAUACCUAUGCCAGAUAUUGUUUGGUCCAAAGAUAAUAAUAUCAUAUCUAAUUCAGAAGCUAUUCAUAUAAAGGAUGGCAUACUAGAAAUCUUAGAAGCAGAUAUAAGUCAUAAUGGAACUUAUUUAUGUGAAGCUAGCAAUGUAGCUGGAAAGGUGACUAAAUCAUUUGAUCUGAUUGUAAACAUGCCUCCCAAAAUUGAAAGAAGUGAUGAAACGACAUUCGUUACAUCAUCUGUUAAAGAAUCUGUUGACAUAGAGUGUGUUGUACAUGGAAUACCUCCACCAACUGUGCUCUGGUUCAAAAAUAAAAUGCCUAUUUUGUCUAGUUUUUUAUCUGCUUAUAAUAUUAGCAAUCAAGGUGUUAAACUUACAAUCAGAAAUGCUGAUCUGAAAGACUCUGGAAAUUAUAUGUGUGUAGCAACGAAUUCUGCUGGUAAUGAUACAAAGGAUUUUGUUCUGAAUAUUUUAGAGCCACCAACCAUAAAAGACACAGCACCUUUAAUAAAGACUCAAGUAGGAAAUAAAAUUGCUCUAGAAUGCUCUGUUGUUGGAGUUCCUCCUCCUGAAAUUUCAUGGCUAAAAGAAAAUUCUGUAUUACUUUUCGAUGAUUCAGAACCUUCAAUAUUUGGGAAGACUGAAUUGUAUUUUGAUAAUGUGAAACUUCAACAUGCAGGAAAUUAUUCUUGUAUUGCAGUUAAUGAAGCAGGAGCAGAUAGAAAAGAUUUUGUCUUGCAAGUUUCUGCCCCUCCUGUUAUAGAAGACAAUGAAACCCAUCAGAAAAUUUUAGCAGGAGAUUCUGUUUCUCUGCAGUGCUUGGCAUCAGGCUAUCCUAUUCCACUGAUAAUGUGGCACAAAGAUUCUAUUCUAAUUCAUAAUAAUAAAGAUCAUCAAAUUUUACCAGAUGGUACCCUUCACAUUCCAAAAACAAAUCUCUCUCAUACUGGAACAUACAAAUGCUUAGCAGAAAAUGAAGCAGGUUCACAAGAUGCAAUUCGCAGAUUAACUGUCUUAAGUCCUCCGAAAAUUGCCGAACUUUCUGCUGAUAAGUACAAAACAACCCAAGCUCAUCCUGUCAUUCUUCAGUGUUCUGCAAAUGGUGAACCUCAGCCAUCUAUUUCCUGGGAACAUAAUGGUGUAUCACUCGAUCUUUACAACCCUCGUUUCAAAGUAUUUCCAUCAGGAGAUUUACACAUAUCUCUUACCCAAUCUUCAGAUAUGGGUACAUAUACUUGUAUUGCAAAAAAUGAAGCUGGUUCAGCUACAAAAAACAUAGAUUUAAUAGUAUUAGUUCCACCUGUUGUCACAAUUAAUGGAGCAAACACUAUUGUAGCAAUUAAAGGUAGAAGUGUUACUAUUACUUGCUCAGCAGUAGGUUUUCCUCCACCACAUAUUAGUUGGCAAAAGAGUGGAGGGUCUGUUUUAGAUUCUACUAUUUCUGAUUUAUCUAGGGAACUUGCUCUUCAUAAUAUCCAGCCGGAAGAUGGUGGGAAUUAUGUUUGUAUUGCAUCAAAUUCUGCUGGCAGGGAUCACCAAAGUGUAAGUUUAGAUGUCCAUGUUCCUCCAGUAAUAACAACAUUACCUAAAAGCCAAGAUAUUUCAGUUGGAGAUAUUUUAUCCCUUCAUUGUGAAGCUAGUGGUCAUCCUAUUCCUUCAAUAACGUGGUUAUUGAAUAACACACAAGUAACAGGUUCUGUGCAUUCAAUUUUUGGGCGAAGUAAGCUUCACAUUCAAAAUGUUAGUAAAGAGGAUGAAGGCACGUACAUAUGUCUUGCUCAGAAUGCUGCAGGGGAAAGAAAGGCUGCUGCUGCUGUUCGGGUUAGAGCACCUCCUAUUAUUUUGGACUCUUCUGGUGUUAAAAGUGUACAGGUGAAAGAGGCUGUUAUCUUAGACUGCCUUGUCAAAGGUGAUCCAUCACCAAAUAUAAUAUGGAUAAAAAAUGGCCAAAGAUUAGAACUAAAUCAUCGGAUACAAGUGAUGAUGAAUGGAUCCCUUUUCAUCUAUAAUUCCUCAGAUCAAGACUCGGGGCAUUACAAAUGCAUAGCUAGUAAUGAUUUUGGGUCUGCUGAAAGAACUGCUGAACUUAUUGUCAAAAGCAGACCUACAUUUAUUAUUGAGCCCCACAAUACAAAAACUGAAGUUGGCAAUACUGUACAUUUUGAUUGUCGAUUAGAUGGAGAACCGAAGCCUACAGUAGCGUGGAUGAAAGACUCUGUUCUGUUGCAAAAAGAUGCACGUGUCCUUACAUUUCCAAAUAAUAGCCUUCAAUUAAUUGCUGUUCAGCAGUCAGAUGAAGGAGUGUAUACUUGCUUUGGAAACAAUUCUUUGGGAUCAGCAGCUGCAGAAGCCCAACUUAUUGUGCAAGUUCAUGGAAAAUGGUCAAACUGGCAAGAAUGGGGACAGUGUUCAGCUUCUUGUGGAGAUGGUGAGCAAUCAAGACAAAGAUUUUGCAAUGAUCCAGCUCCAAAAAAUGGAGGAAAAACUUGCAUUGGACUUUCAAAUGAAGUCAAGAAAUGUAAUGAAAGACCAUGUCCAGUGAAUGGUGAAUGGGGAAAUUGGCUGGAAUGGCAAAAAUGUAGUGCUUCAUGUGGUGUUGGGCAGCGUAAGCGACAGAGGAAAUGUGAUAAUCCUAGCCCACAGUAUGGAGGUGAAAACUGUACAGGUCUGGAUACAGAAACAGACAUCUGUAUUCUUAUGAAAUGUCCAGUGGAUGGACGCUGGAGUAUGUGGUCGGAUUGGCAACCUUGUAGUGUUUCAUGUGGGAAAGGUAUUCAGAUUAGAAUUCGUGAGUGCAAGAAUCCUGAACCACUACAUGGAGGACAGCCAUGUCUAGGUGAAGGUGAAGAAUCUCAAGAAUGUGUUCUAGAUGAGUGUGCAGUUCAUGGUGAAUGGGGUGCUUGGAAUGAAUGGUCAUUAUGUUCAUCAUCAUGUGGAGGUGGUACUCGUGAAAGGAUAAGAUUAUGCGAUUCUCCUGCUCCAGCAUUUGGAGGCCAUUAUUGUACAGGUUCCCAUAUUCAGACUGACUAUUGCAAUAAUGCUCAGUGUCCAAUUAAUGGAGGAUGGGGUCAGUGGUCUUCAUGGGGAGAAUGUUCAUCUUCAUGCAAUAAGGGACAGAAAAAGCGUUUUCGAUCAUGUGAUAAUCCAACUCCUGCAGGUGGUGGUCGUGAUUGCUUAGGCCCAUCUCAAGAAAUUGAAGUGUGUAAUGCCUUUUUGUGUCCCGUUGAUGGGAAAUGGAGCGAAUGGAGUUUUUGGUCUGUGUGUUCUGUUACAUGUGGCAUUGGUGUGCGUUCAAGGGUAAGACAUUGUGAUAGUCCAGAUCCUUCAUAUGGAGGUAAAGAUUGCCUUGGAGAUAAUGAAGAGUUUGAAGAAUGUGGAGAUGAAGCUUGUGAUGUUGCUCCUGUUCAAGCCAAAGGUCAUCUGAUUGGUGUUAUAAAUGGAAUUGAUUUUGGUUUGUCAAAAUUAUCUGCAAAUAUUACCCAGUCAGGCAUGGAAUUCUUAGUAUCUGCUGAUAUACAAAACAUAACAGAAGAAAUUGCUGUCUGGAUGAAACUCUUAGUACCACUAUUGAACCCAAUAUAUUGGACAACAGCUUAUGAAAUUGGUGAUGCAGUUAAUGGGUACACUCUAACAAAGGGAUUAUUCCGCAGGGAAACACAAGUGAAUUUUGUUACAGGAGAAAUAUUGUUCAUGACCCAUGUUGCACGAGGACUUGAUAAACGAGGAAAUCUCUUGGUUGAUAUUGUUAUAAGUGGAGAAAUUCCUGAUAUACCUACAGCUUCAACAGUUGUACUCCACCCUUAUUUUGAGGACUAUAUACAGACUGGACCAGGUUCAUUAUAUGCUUUCUCUACUCGCACUUAUAAGGUCGGAAAUUAUGUUUUGCCAUAUUCAUGGAACCAUACGAUAUUCUAUGAUGAAACUCAAGGCCAAAUGCCUUAUGUAGUGGAAAGACUGUAUGCUAAUGGGAUAGACUGUUCUUUUGAUGCUGACAAGCAAGAAAUAAAAUUUACUGUAUCAGCUUCUAUUACUAAAGGUUAUGGUGAUGAAUGUUUUGAAGGAUUUAUUUUAAGCGAGGAUGGUAAAUAUUGCAGUGAUAUUGAUGAAUGUGAACCUAAUAACCCCUGCUCACAAAUUUGCAGCAAUUUUCUAGGUGGUUUUUCUUGUCUUUGCGUGAAUGGUUUUGCGUUAGACGUAGAUGGGGAAACUUGCAAUGAUGUGAAUGAAUGUGACCUCAACACAGCACGUUGCUCCUCAACCGAAGAAUGCAUCAAUAUAAUCGGUUCUUACAAAUGCUUGGUAAUGUGCAGAGAAGGAUAUGAAAGAAGUGCAGAUGAGCAAUACUGUUUAGAUGUAGAUGAAUGUAGUAGAAAUCUCCACAAAUGCAGCCAAAUCUGCAUUAAUAAUAUAGGAAGUUACAGUUGCAGCUGUGAGAAUGGCUAUUAUCUUCUAAAUGGUGUAGACUGUAUAGAUAUAGAUGAAUGUACUUUAAAUGCUUCAUGUAUGCAUAUUUGCAUGAAUAUACCUGGAAGUUUCCUUUGUUCUUGCUAUGCAGGCUAUGAAUUGCAAAGUGGAAGUAACUGUAUUGAUAUAGAUGAAUGUUAUCAUGGUAUUUAUAAUUGCCCUGAAGAUCAAGAAUGCAGGAAUAUUGAUGGAGGCUAUGAAUGCAUUGAUACAUGUUUAUCAGGCUUUUUCAGGGCGGUAAUUGGUUCCUGCUUAGAUAUUGAUGAAUGUCAUGAGAGAUUAGCAGCAUGCCACUUUACACAAGUUUGUAUCAAUACAUAUGGUAGCUAUCACUGUUCCUGUCUCAGAGGUUAUUAUUCUGCUGGACCUGGCAAACCAUGCCAAGAUAUAAAUGAAUGUUUACAAAGACCUAGACCUUGCAGUUAUCUUUGUCGAAAUAUACCUGGAGAUUAUGAAUGCGUGUGUGCACCUGGAUUUAAAAGGUUAUCUGAUGCAAAGACAUGUGUGGGAAUUGAAUAUUUGGAUGAAUUAAAUCUUGAAGUUCAGCAUGACUUUAUCAACCCUGAAAGAAACAGGUCCAAUGGCCUUUUUUCAGAAUCAAAUGUACCAAGUAAAGAUGAAGCUAUAUCUUACUGUGAGACUGGUUUUUAUAAAGUGAAAGGAGAGUGCAAAGAUAUUGAUGAAUGUGAAGAUAAAGGAAAGUGUCAACAUCUAUGUGAAAAUACUCAAGGAAGUUAUAGCUGCAUCUGUCCAGCAGGUUAUCGUCUAGGACCUACAGGAAAGACUUGUGAAGACAUAGAUGAGUGCUUAGAGUCGAAUAUAGAAUGUGGUGCAAGUAGGAUGUGCUUUAAUAUGAGAGGUUCUUUUAAAUGCAUCGAGACUCCAUGCCCACCUGACUAUGACAGAGAUCCUUUAACUGGGUACUGUAAACUGUCAUGUGAAAAGGCUGGAACAGCUUGCCCUCCAAAUGUAAAAUAUUCUGAAAUACUGGCAUUUAAAAUGAUAGCUUUGCCAAGUGGAAUCCAAGCUUAUCAAGAUCUAAUAAGGUUAGUUGCUUAUGACCAAGAUGGUGUUCAACUACCAAACACAGUAUUCUCCAUUAUAGAAAAUGACACAGGAUUACCUUUUCGAAUACGUCUGGAAAAUGGAAAGGGCGUCCUUUAUACACAGAAAAGUAUGGAUUCAAAUACAGACUACCAAAUAAAAGUUCAAGCUGUGUCAUAUGACAUGGAAAAUCAUAUUAUACAAUAUACGACAAAGUUUUUAGUAUUUAUAUCAGUUUCUAAACAUCCAUAUUAAGAAAGGAUACUGAUAGUAUUAUUUCAAAAUUAAAUUCAUCCUUCAUUUCUUCACAAAAGGAGCCUAAAAUUUUGUUUCAUUUAAUUAAAAUUAUUUUACACUACAUUCUUAAUUUAUCUUAAAUCAAAUGUAAUUGAACUGUUGGGGACCAUUGAUAUGUAAAUACUUUUUAAUGUAUUAUGUUUUACAGAAAAUAUAUCUUUUAAAAUAUGCA